AUGUACAGCACUGUCCCAGAUAGUGCCGGUUACUCGGAGGCCUCAGAGCCUCAACAAAUGGGAGGCCUGAUCGAUAUCCCCACCAGCGCUCCAUCCAACUCGCACAUAUCCGCCCUUGAGAAGAUGAACUUUAUGGACGCUCAACCGGACCCUCGGUACUUCUUAGCUCCGGCAAAUUAUUGCACUGGAAGAAGAGGAUCGACAGAUACCGAUACGAUUGGCUCUCAAUAUGCCUGGUCCACCGCAUCCAAUGUAGACAUGCUUUCAAGCUCUCCCCACAUGCCCUCCUUUGAAACACCCAUCAGUCCCACCUCGGCGCCCUUCCUGCCAGGCUGCUACCCAUCCGACUCACCGCAGCUCGCUAUGAACAGCCAGAACGUUUCGGGCUACACUACCCAGCAAAUCGACAAAUGGUGCACCGAGAGCGAGCCAGCCGGAGACUGCUACCAGUCACAGCCCUUCCCAAACAUGGGCUCUAUGCACUUUCCACAACUAGCGGAAGUGCAAUCAGAGCCCUUCCCAACAUACAACAAUCAACUCAACACUGCGAGCGAGCAGUGGCUCCCUUGCCCACACCAUUCCUCUAAUACGAUCCCAGAAACCUUCUUCUCAAUCCCCCGAUCCAUCUCGACUGCUCGGUCAGUCCCAGCUCCAACAAACCACCUCCCAAAAUCCACCGCUACAACCACCUCAAUCUCCUCAUCGCCAGCACGCUCCUUCUCCGACCCGGAUUCUCCAUCACCUGCAGUAAACUCAGCCUCCGGCUCCGGCUCCAGCUCCAAUGCAGGCGACCUAAGCAACUACGGCAUCCCAACAGGAAAUGGCAACUGGCGCUGCGCCCACCCAGGAUGUUCCUCGAAGGCUGUCUUCCAUCGAGGCUGUGAUCUGAGAAAGCACUUCAACCGCCACCGCAAGUAUCUCUUCUGCCGCUAUGAGGGAUGUCCCCAGUCAUCGCGGAAUGGCUUCAGCAGCAAAAAAGACCGUGCUCGGCAUGAGGCAAAGCACAAUCCCGGUGUCUUUUGUGAGUGGGAGGGCUGCAGAAAAGUCUUCAGUCGUGUCGACAAUAUGAAAGAUCAUGUGAGAAGAAUCCAUCGGAAAGGGGAAGCUGGAAAAGCUUGA